UACGGUGCGGUGUGCGGUCGCGCAAAUUCGACCAGACGAUUCGCUAAUUCGUCGCUAAUUCUUUCGCGUGGUAAUUCCAAUUCGUGUACCUAUACGUAGAAGUCGAGUAUAACUACACGACGAUAUCUCUGCGAUAGUUUAACGUGUGUGAAAAAAUAGUGUACGUUUGUGUUUUUGAAAUUGAAAAAAAAAAGAAGUGUCUUUACUGUUAUAGUAUUUUCUUUUUAAUACGUUACGUUACGUUACGUUAUAGGGUUACGUAACGUUACAUUCGCCAUAGUGGGCAUUGUGUUCGGUUACGUGUUGGUUUUCACUCCGGUAUGAGUUGUUUGUUCGAUUUAUUGAUGGAAAGUAACGAGAUCGAAGUGAUUAAUACGAUAACGGAAACGGAAACGGUAACGAAAACCUGUUCAAAUCGUGAUUUUAACGUUUCGCCGGUGUAAAAGUGUAUGCGACAGCGAUCUGUGGCACUCGAUGGACGAAGAUAGUGAUCACCAUCACCAUCAUCACCAUCACCAUCGACUAACUCUGUUGGAUUAUCGCGAUCUAUCUUUAUCGUAUAAUUUGAAAGACAUUUCGGCUGCGGCAGCGGUGGCAGCAGCAGCUCGACACAACAAUAGUAACGCUGAAAACAGCGAGAGUAUUUCGAAUCCUCGUAAUCGUAAUUUAAGAAUGUUACCAUCGUUCGAGAGACCUCUAGAUCUACGCGGUUGCGCCCAAGUGGCCGCCGUUACGGCCGAUGCGGUCCAACUGACCGGUCCGUACGUCAGUCCGAUGUCUUCGGCUUCCGGAGCCACCGAAGAAGAUUCGGAUUCCGAUAUCAAUGUGGAUUCGGACGAAGCCGACUUAUCCUGUAACUCAACCACUCUGCUACCAUCUCAGGCCGAUAUUAAUGAUUUCUGCGCCCGGCUCAGUGCCCGGAAUGUGGUCCGGAUACCCGAUGGAAACGUAUCUAAUGACGAAUUCUGCGGUGCUAGUCCUAUUCCUGAUGAAGGAGAUGGCGAACUGGAUGGAUCAUCUUCUGGAGGCGGAGGAGCUGAUGGAGGCGCUGGUAAGGAUAAGAAAUCAUCUUCGUCUUCAUCUUCUUCGUCGUCAAUGGCCAAACCACCUUAUUCGUAUAUUGCCCUGAUCACGAUGGCUAUUCUGCAGUCUCCUCACAAGAAGCUGACUUUGAGCGGUAUUUGCGAAUUCAUCAUGUCUCGAUUCCCGUACUAUAGGGAGAAAUUUCCAGCUUGGCAGAACUCGAUUCGUCAUAACCUGUCUUUGAACGAUUGUUUCAUCAAGAUCCCUCGAGAACCGGGUAAUCCCGGUAAAGGCAAUUAUUGGACGUUGGAUCCAAUGGCCGAAGACAUGUUCGACAAUGGAAGCUUCCUGAGACGUCGUAAAAGGUACAAAAGACAACAUCCUGAUUUCCUGCUCAGAGAUCAUCAUUCAACCGCUGCUAUGGCGGCUGCAGCCGCUGCAGCUACGUAUCUGGGUAACGAUCCUUAUCACGUGUUCCAGCAAACUGCUGCCCUACAUCAUGGCCCGUAUCCUUACAUAUCGCCUUUACCGCCAGCUAUACCUUUACUACCUCCGGCCGAAUUGGCUAGACUUUCUUUAGGAUUCAAUUUACUCAAUGCUCAUCAGCAGCAACAGCAACAGCAACAACAGCAGCAGCAACAGCAGCAGCAGACAACGAUACCAAAACCAGUUGCUGUGACUGCUGCGUCUGGUGGAGGAAGUGGUCCAACUUUAAGCUCGAGUACCACUGUAAUUGCUAACGGUAGCAGUAGCGCUAGUCCUAAGGAGCAUAAUAUUAAAAGUUCGCAUUUUUCUAUCGACUCGUUGAUCGGUGCUGGAGCUGCCGGGGCGGGGAAUGGCGUCGUAGCUAACAAAUGUACCAAAAUGUCGCCUAAAAUGUCACCCGAUACUUAUCCGAUCACCGUGACCAGGAGCUUCGAAUCGGCUUUCACUCCACUCGCCUCUUGGUCGUUCAGGUAGAUUGUGUUGCUACUGUAUAUAGCUAAUAUGAUAUUAUGUACGAUGUACCUUCAUACUGUAUAGUAAUUAGAAUUAGAGGUAAGCUUAGGUUUUAGGUAACGCGAUGCCCGGAUACGGGUCGCGAGUCUUUCCACUUCCGAUUCCUGAUUUGAAAUUGGGGUUUUUUUAAAGGAGUAUAUCGCACAAGUUAAAAAUGUACGAAUGUAUGAAGAGUGUUAUGAAACAACGAGCGUAGUUUAAGCUUCAGGCGAUCAAAAUUAAUUCUACAUUUUGUCUUUAGGCUAUUGGCUGUAUAUUGGGUUGUUGCGUUUUUUUCGAAUGAUUUUGAAAAUGUACUUAUCAAUAUUAUAAAAAAUUAAUGUGCCUCGAGAUUGUCUUGGAGCCUCAUAAAUAAAAUAAUGGAAUUUUUACGCGCGAAAAGUAAUUUUGAAAUAUUUGUGAAAUAGGUCAAAUAGGUGACCAUGGUUCAUUUUGACACAUUUUUCAGCAUUUUUUGGAAAUCUAGAAAAUUCCAAAAAAAUUGCAGAAGGCUCCAAAAUGAUUCGCAACCAUCUCCAAUCAACUAGAUCGUUUGAAUUUUUACAGUAUUAAGUAAAAUUCAUAGACUUGUCAACUUCCUUUGGUAAAAUUCAU